AGUUGGUUGAAUAGCCAAGGCGACUUCUGCCGGCUGGCUAGUGUUGCAGUGAAGUGAUCAUGGCGAGGGAGGGCGUGCAGAGAGAACGAGUUACAAAGUCUUAUUGGGGUUGCCACCCCUAACUCAAUCCAACAAAUUAGUGCUGCUUCUGUUCUCUCUCUUUCCCCAAGAUGACAGGCCUUGCAUGGUCAUUGGCAAUCUAUGGUUUUGCCGUCACCUUGUCAGCUCAGCUGGUCACAGCUCAAACAUCCACCGUCGCCGCCGUGCCAGCCAAUACAGAGUACGCUAACAACGGUCAGGCAACUGGACCUUAUGAAGGCCAAUUGAAUCCAACUGCCUCUGUCAAUGCAGGUGGUUUUGAUCAAUCCGACAAUGGAGCUAAUAGCAAAAGUCAAAGCUGGAUCUCGUCUAAUUCUCACUGGGUGAUCAUUCUUGUGCUCUGUCUGCUGGUGCUCGCAGCUUUAAUAUAUUAUAUUUCAAAAAGCAUUCGCGGUGUCCGUAAGAAGAUGCUGAAAGGCGACCAAGACGGAUUACCUUUACAGAAUAGAGGGGGCUACACUGCACCUUACGAGCAACACAUGAACGAGUCAAUUCACCCUCCUCCCAUGUAUUCCUACGAACCACCAAAGUAUGAACAGGCUGUUCGAUACUAAACCUCCCUUUGCGCGUAUGGCUCCCCCUCACGUUUUGCUGGCGAACGUUUCCUUUCAUCAUCACGGUAGAUACUGAGCCAUACUACUACAUUCCAUACAAUGACUGUAUUUUGUGAACUCGAUGGGACCUUUCCAUAUUUUCCCGAACCCUGUUUUUUUUUUUUUUUUGUUUUUUUUGCCCUCCUUCACAGAGCAAGCAAGCGAUAUUCAUAUUCAGUAUUCCCCCUAUUUCCUCUCUUCUCCAUUUCUUCCACGUAACUAUAACCAAUCUAUAAAUUUUUGCACCUCGCUUUCAUGUACAAAAUACCAACCAACCGUGUUGAUGAAGUGAGAGAGUUAUACGUCAGACAGCAACAUAGUCCAUAUCUCAAUCAACGGAUCUUCAAUGU